AUGGCUCUAUCGGAGGCUUUCAGCACUGAUGAGACUCGGACCUCCGAUCAAAGUAUACUUGCUGAAGACCGAAUACUCCCCGGAGCUCUUCACAACACAUCCUUUAUAACGAGGGUACUCUGUCUUUUUGCACUGGGACGCCCCGAUCUUGAAGCCCAUUGGGGGUCACUGCAAUCCGAGGAGGCAUUCCAGAACGUGAGGGAAAGGUUAUGCUCCAUCCUGACCAACACUGUCACCGCAAAGGCGGGUCUACUUCUCGCGACAAGUGGUGUCUUCGUGACCACUGUCUCUCCCGCGCCGUAUUUUGACUACACUUCACCCACCCCCUAUCUUCUACUCUUCAUAUCACUCAUGAUGGCAAUGAUUGCAAUGUUGACUUCUGGCUUGGGCAUGAUGCGUUGGCUACACGCCGAUCGGCAGUGCACUCAAGAACAAAUCAAGCCAGGCGGUUAUUCCCUCUUGUCCUACCUCUUAUCAAUGGUCAUGCUCAUGUUCUUUGUCGGCUUGUCCUUGAAUUGCUUCAUAUUCGCGAUGUUGAUAGCAGGCUUCUACUCUCAGGACACUGUCUGCCGCACUCUCACCGCGGCCUGGCUCGUCGCAUACGUCGUCAGCGUUGGGUUAAUGUCGAUCGAAUCUAUGUGGAAGCUUGCCAAGUGUCUCGAGUCACGCUGAUUUGGACACCGCUACUGAUCUACUAGCUCUCACUUACACCGAUCUGAACAUUGAAUAAAAUCAACAGCGUGACUCGAGCUCGAUAUGUCAUAAUUAUUUUUGGAACUAAUGUGUCAGUUUCUGCCUCCUGGUGUUCUGGAAGCCAGGCAGCACACUUCGAACGCAGUGUACCGCUCUACAAUGAGUUGAUUUCUCCCCAUCAAGGUGUUUCUGGAAUCCAGUCAUCAGGCGCGCGGUUGUGUUAUCUUGAAAGUGAGAUGGGUAGAUGUUGCCAAGUACUGGCACCGUUAACUUUCCAAGCGUGUUCGAUUGAUCCGCAGUCACCUCUGCUCACUUCGUCACAAUAUUUGUACCGCCCGGUCCGCCCCGCACAAGCCCAUGGACAGGCAGGGUUAACGACUUACCGUAAAAGUAGCUAGCAUGAGCGCCUCUGCUUGGUAUCGCCCCAACAAUAAACAAAAGCGACUAAAUGAAUUUUCGAUAUUCUGG